ACGGUGCUUGGAACGACGACCGGCAGUUGUCAGUUGUUGUUGUGCUCAUCUUCUAAACAACAAAAACAUGUCUAACGUUUUCUAACAUUACUCUGAAUGGAACAAUGUGAAAGUUUUCUAUGAAUUGUUGUUAGUUUUUAGUUUGUAGUUAGUUUUAUAGUUAAGGAAAAUUUUAUAGUUAAAGUGACAGUUCGUCCACGUGGGUUCGCGUUUAAAAUAGUUUGUUUAUGGUCUGUUUUUAUUUCGCUAUACAAAACACGUGUUUUCUGUUAGUUAUUUUAAUUGAAGACUUCCUUGAUUAGUUCUUUUUUGUGUGUCGUCUUCAGAUAAGGAUUAUUAUAUAGAGGUGACUUUAUUUUAUGGUCGAAAAAGUACUACAAUGGCUAUGAAUACGAUCUGCUCCCUUACCCCUCACCGCUCUCAUCAAAGCAAUCUACGAUAAACUCAAGUGCUUGCCUACUAAAAAAAUCACAAUCAGAAACUCGAUAUAAUUUAGUUAGUUACAUUAUUGUUGUGAAGCUAAUUACCUUCGAUUUGUGUAGUGUUUUCAGAAAAUAUUGUUUGGUGUAAUAAAUCGGGUGUAGUGCGAGUAACUAUUUCGGUAUUUCGGUAACUUUUUCGGUAUCUUCGGUAUAUUAUAUUCAAAAUAUUCAAAUUUUGCAUAGUUCCAUUAUUUUGUUGUGGAUUCUGGUUUUGCAUGCUACAAAGGUUUAAAUAGUUAUUUUGCCGACGUGGUUGCUCUAAGGAUUUGAAAAGUCGAUAAUAAUUACUCUCGCUAAUCUUCCUGUAUCGAAGCGCCGACCCAGGAGCACGUUUUUGGCAAGAUUCCAGGAGUGGUUCGAGGGGGAAAUCGCGAACCAAGUCACUUGAGGCCGAUAUAUGCGCGUCUGUUUCGGUUCUCUCUGCUUCUCGUCCCGGCUGAACAAUUCCGCCGUUGACGAGGAAGCCGCGCAUCACACGGUGACAAGUAACGGAGGCAGUCACGUGAUUAGCAAGAUGGCAACGAUUGGAGAAUUACAGGCGCUACUUGUCCAGAAGGACGAAAGAAUUGAAGAGUUGACACGUCAAAUUCAGAGUUUUGAUCGCGAAGUGAUGCGGGAACAACGGCUGCGGGAUCUGCAGCAGCAGCUGCAGAUACGCGAAAUCGAAAUAUCGGAUUUACGGUCGCAGUUGGACAAAUUUCAGAGUGUUAUUCGUGUUCAAAAUCCGACGAGUCCUAAAGGUAUGAGACCACGUAAACAAAGGGCGGGUAUUUCGGCGGAACCGCAGAGUGAGGCGUCCAUAUUGGAGUUAAGCAAGCAGACCUUUACUGUGCAUCCUAAAGAUGAAAGUUCUCGGGAACUUAUCAAGUCGGCAAUUUUGGAUAAUGAUUUUAUGAAGAAUUUGGAGAUAACUCAAAUCAGAGAGAUAGUGGACUGUAUGUACCCAGAAGAAUAUAAGGCUAAUGAUAUCAUUAUUCAGGAGGGAGACGUCGGUAGCAUAGUGUAUGUUUUAGAAGAGGGCAAAGUAGAAAUUUCAAGAGAAAACAAAAUAUUGCAUCAUUUGGACCCUGGUAAAGUGCUUGGAGAAUUGGCCAUUUUGUACAAUUGCCAGAGGACCGCUACUAUUAAAGCUCAUACGGACUGUAAAUUAUGGGCAAUAGAACGACAAUGCUUCCAGACCAUUAUGAUGAGAACUGGUCUUAUCCGACAAGCAGAAUAUACCGAUUUCUUAAAGAGCGUACCAAUCUUCAAAACACUUCCAGAAGACACUCUUAUCAAGAUUUCCGAUGUUUUGGAAGAAACUAUAUACGCCAAUGGAGACUAUAUUAUCAGACAAGGAGCCCGGGGUGAUACGUUCUUCAUUAUAAGUAAAGGAAAAGUUAAGGUUACCAGAAAAAUGCCAAAUUCUAACACUGAGGAAUUUAUAAGGACACUCGGUAAAGGAGAUUUCUUCGGGGAGAAGGCUUUGCAAGGGGAUGAUUUAAGAACUGCCAAUGUGAUAGUGGAUGAUCCAGAGGGCGUCACCACCCUGGUAAUAGAUAGAGAAACAUUUAACCAACUGAUAUCAAAUCUAGAUGAGAUUAGAACUAAAUAUAAGGAUGAAAAUAUAGAAAGAAGAAGAGUAAACCAAGAAUUCGAAGGCGUCAAAUUAUCCGACUUAGUAAUUCUUACAACUCUCGGAGUUGGUGGUUUCGGCAGAGUAGAACUUGUUCAAAUCAGAGGCCGCUCAAACAAAUCCUAUGCACUUAAACAAAUGAAGAAAGCACAAAUCGUGGAAACUCGGCAACAGCAACAUAUCAUGUCAGAGAAAGAGAUCAUGGGAGAAGCAAAUUGUGAUUUUAUUGUUAAAUUGUUUAGAACUUUUAAAGACGCUAAAUAUUUGUACAUGUUAAUGGAAAGCUGUUUGGGAGGAGAACUUUGGACUGUCCUAAGGGAUAAAGGCCAUUUUGAUGACGCGACAACAAAAUUCUGCACUGCUUGUGUCGUGGAAGCAUUUGACUACUUACACUCCCGGAACAUCAUCUACAGGGAUCUGAAACCUGAAAAUCUUCUCCUUGAUAAUAGCGGAUAUGUGAAAUUAGUCGACUUUGGAUUUGCGAAAAAAUUGCAAACCGGGAGAAAAACUUGGACCUUCUGCGGAACCCCCGAAUAUGUAGCUCCCGAAGUUAUCUUGAACAAAGGUCAUGAUAUCAGCGCAGAUUAUUGGUCAUUGGGAGUUUUAAUGUUCGAAUUACUCACAGGCACACCUCCCUUUACUGGUUCGGAUCCAAUGAGAACUUACAAUAUAAUCUUAAAAGGAAUAGAUCAGAUUGAUUUCCCUAGAAGUAUUACCAGAAAUGCUCAGGCUCUGAUUAAAAGGCUUUGUAGGGACAAUCCCGCGGAACGUUUAGGAUAUCAAAAAGGAGGAAUUAGUGACAUCCAGAAACACAAAUGGUUUGAUGGAUUCAAUUGGGAGGGUCUCGUUACCCGGACUCUUACACCGCCCAUAAUACCAACUGUGCAAUGCGUAACGGAUACGUCUAACUUUGAUAACUAUCCUCGUGAUACGGACGACCCUCCACCGGAUGAUAUAUCUGGAUGGGACAAUAAUUUCUAGAUAUUACUUUUUCAAAUGAAUGUAGGCUUUUUUAAUUUUAUAAUUGAAUGGGACAUUUUUGGAAACAAGGCGUGUAUUCAAAAAGCUUUAUUAAUAAAACUGCAAAGCUUAAUGUUAUAAGAUUACAACUCCUUGCCCAAGGAAAACGUUUUGGAUAAUACCCAGUUUAUUACUUUUAUAAGAACAUGAAUCUUGACGUUAUGUCAUAUCUUAGGGAGUAUUUAUUGUCAGAACUUUUCUUUUUCCACAUUAUUUCACAUAAAAAAUAGACCGAGCUAUAUUGCUGUCGAAAACCUCUAUUAUCCAAAUACGUGUCUUCUUAAUAGAGCUUUUCAUUCACCGUCAUUUGUUUCGAGCUUCUGUCAUAUGUCGUAUAAUCCGUGUAUAUUAAUAUUAUACACACAUUAUACAACAUAUGACAGAAGCUUGAAACAAAUGACAAUCGAUGAAAAGCCCUAUUUUUAAUUAUAUUGUUUAUGGAUCGAAUAAAUUCGGGAUGCCUACUGACUGUCAAAUAUACCAACAACUUUAAGAUUUUAUCUGUCUGUGCAGAAAAAAAUAAUGACACACCAAUUGGAGUUAAGAGGACACAAUAUCCGCAGGACCUAAAAUUUUGCCUCUUUGAUUAUUUCUACAAGAGAUUUCUUGUCCUAUAUUUGACAAACCUUAAGUAAUCUAUUUUAUUUACGGUUGCAUAUCUCAAAUGUUAACAACAAGGAUCCGUUUUCCCAAAAGAUCCUGGCUUCAUUGAUAUUUACAACGAUUACUCUUGUUGUUUUCAGUAAAGAUACUAAGCUUAUUUUUGUUUCCAAGAAUGUGCCCCUGUUGAUAUUUUUAAAUGUUUGGUUCUCACCUAAGUGCCUUAGAAAAUGUAUUGUUUGUCAAGUUAAUAUUUUAAAAAUUUUAAACCUUUUAUUGUUAACUCUUUAAGAAAAGUAUAUAUUUGUAUUUAUGAAAAUAAGUGUCUAAAAUAUAUAUUUUUAUAUUGUAAAUUAUUUUGCAAUAAAGUGCCAAUAAUUUUAAGUAAUGUUAGUAUAUAAGGGGAUGUUUUUAGCUUGCUGUCAGCAAAGGGUUUAUAUUUUUCUUAUCAUUUACAAAGGUAUUGUGCCAUUAUUUCUUUUUUGUACAAAAAAGCAACAAAAA